UCGUCAUCUUUGCUCGCUUCUCAGCCCGAGCUUUGCUGUGGCAGGCAGGCAGGCAGUCCAGUCCCCGUGGCGCGACAAGCCAUCCCAUUGACAAUCAACCACCGACCGGCGGACGCGUAGUCGUCUUCGUCCCACAGGCCAAUGUCUCCGUAGUCACGCCUCUUCCCACACGUCCCGUGGACAGCCGGUGUCUUGGAGGAUAAAUAUCCAGGCCUGUCCGCACGUUGUCAGCACCUUGAGGUUGGGCUGGCAGCGAAGCCCAUCUGGACCAAUCAGCCUGCCAUCACUGCCGAACAACUGUCAGCAACUGGGUCGAUCUUGUCCUUCUCCUUUUCCUCAUUCCCUUCCGCAGCUGUCGUCUCAAGGCUGGCUUGCCUUCCCCCUUCUCCUCCUCCCAUCAUCUCAUCCCUCUUGCACUACCUCGUCCCCCGACCUUGGCGUGGCCCUGUGUAACCAUCGCAACUCGCCAUGGCUCACAACAGCCAGCACCCCUUGGGCAAUGGCCGCCCCGACGAUAUCGAGCCCGAGUCAGGCGCCACUUCCCCUACGGCAGCACCCGUUGACCUGCACGACAAGGGCCUGAUAGCCGAGGCCAAGAACGCCGCCGACUCGGAGCAGUCAAUGAGCCUGUUGCAGGCCGUCAAGCUGUACCCGCGUGCCAUUGGCUGGUCGAUGCUCCUCUCCUCGACGCUCAUCAUGGAAGGGUACGACCUCGCCCUCCUGGGCAACCUGUACGCCUCGCCCGCCUUCAACCAAAAGUACGGCGUCUUCAACGCCAGCAAGAACAAGUUCGAGGUCCCUGCCAGCUGGCAGUCUGCGCUGUCCAACGGCGCCCGCGCGGGCGAGAUCCUGGGCCUGAUUCUCGCCGGCUGGACGGCGGACCGGUACGGCAACCGGAUGACGGUCAUCAUCUUCUUGGUGUUGAUGAUCUUGUUCAUCUUUGUGCUCUUCUUUGCGCCUAAUGUUGAGGUUCUGGUCGUCGGGGAGGUUCUCUGUGGUAUCCCGUGGGGAGCGUUCCAGAGUGUCACGCCUGCCUACGCCUCCGAGGUGGCUCCCGUCGUCUUGAGGCCAUACCUGACAACGUUCAUCAACAUGUGCUGGGUCAUUGGUCAGUUCUUCGCCGCCGCUGUCAACAAGGGCUCAACGGCGACGCGGUCUGACGAGUGGGCGUACCGGAUCCCCUUUGCCGUGCAGUGGGUGUGGCCGGUGCCAAUUCUCGUUGGCGUCUUCUUUGCUCCCGAAUCUCCCUGGUGGUUUGUUCGCCACGGCCGGCGCGACGAGGCCAAGGCGUCGCUCCUGCGGCUGACGUCGCCCAACGACCCGACCUUCAACGCCGACGAGACGAUUGCCAUGAUUGAGCACACAAACGAGCUAGAGCGGCAAGCCAAGUCGGGCGUGUCGUACCGCGACUGCUUCCGGGGCGUCGACCUGCGCCGCACAGAGAUUGUCGUGGGCAUCUGGCUCGUUCAGACGCUCGGCGGGCAGAACCUGAUGGGCUACUUUGCGUAUUUCCUCACCCAAGCCGGCAUGGACCCCUCGAAUUCCUUCUCCCUCUCGAUGGCGCAGUACGCGCUGGGCAUGAUCGGCACCGCGGGAUCCUGGUUCCUAAUGGCCCGCGUCGGCCGCCGCAAGAUCCACUUCUUCGGCCUCACCUCGCAGCUCCUGAUCCUCAUCAUCGUCGGCAGCCUGGGGUUCAGCAGCACCAACAGCUCCGUGUGGGCCAUCGGCGCCAUGCUCAUCCUCUUCACCUUUGUGUACGACUUCACCGUCGGGCCCGUGACGUACUCGCUCGUCUCGGAGCUCUCGUCGACGCGGCUCAAGGCCAAGACCAUCGUGCUCGCGCGCGCGGCCUACAACGCGAGCAACAUCUUUGUCAACGUCAUGACGAACUACCAGCUCUCGUCGGGGGCCUGGAACUGGGGCGCCAAGACGGCCUUCUUCUGGGCCGGGACCGCGCUGUGCUCGGCGGUCUGGGUGUUCUUCCGGGUGCCCGAGCCCAAGGGCAGGACGUACGCGCAGCUGGAUGUGUUGUUUGAGAAGGGGGUCGGGGCGAGGAAGUUUGCCAGCACUGUCAUUGAUCCGUUUGAGCUGCACGGAAGAGGAGGAGGGCGUGACAGCGGCAGCAGCAGCGGCGGCGGCCGCAAGAAGAUGGGCGAGACGAUGGCGGCGGAGGAAUACGAGCAGGAGGAGGAGAGGAGGGUGGAGGUUGUGCAGCAGGAGAAGGCGUGAUUUGCAUUAUAUGUAUAUGAGCAGCCAUCAGAGAGUUUCACAAAACACUACAGAGCAGGAGGCGGUUCCAACAACGUUAAAAAAAGGAUAUCACCUCUGA